AAAGGAUGAGAUCCGGCAGAAGAUGGAAGAGAUUAACGAGCGAGAAGAAGAGCUGCUGAUCGAUCCUGCUUUCUUCACUGACUUGACAAGCCGACUCGAUCGCGUUUCACACGUCGAAAUCCUACCAAAGGUCAUGAAAGCGACAAAUGAACUUAGCGCAUACCGUUACGGAGCAGUUAUCCACGUCUGCAACUCAAAAGAUGAGAUGCCACCAGUGCAUACGGUUGCACCGAAUGCUUGGCACGAGUUUCACGCUAAGAUGGACCGCAGCUCUCUCCUCAACCUUCUUCAGAGCUCUCGCGACACACAACCUAUUGCCAUCAGCAAUGUUCCGUACAGCAAGACCAUAUUCGAUCGUCAUGUACUCGAAGCGCUCGAAGCAAAUGAUGACCCUGCACAGCGCUCAGCGAGCGAGUUCGCUUGGAUUGCCACCGCGCGUGAGAAGUCACAGCUUUGUCCCGCUCUGUCUGCAGUGGACCUUGUUGAGCUUGCAAAGGAUGUUGGUCUACGUGUGGAGCUUAGCUGGGCUCGGCAGCGUUCUAACCAUGGCGCAAUCGAUGCAGUCUUCCACAGGUACAAGCCA